UGCCCGCAGUGCUAGCUACGACACUCGUAAUCGAUAACCUUUAUUCUGACAAAUGACAACGGAAGUUUUCUGUGUGUAGUGCUCGUCCGCUUACACUUUAACACACACGGCCAGUUACUUUUGAGCGGAAUGCACCUCUCGUAGACUAAUAGAAACCAUAAAACACUCAUACACACAAAGGAGGACUGCCAAGGCCAGCAGCAUCAGUGCAGCUGACACAUGGCUGGCUUCAGGCAAGAGGAUGUGGAGCUGCACUAUGAGAUGGGAGAGGAGCUGGGCAGUGGUCAGUUCGCCAUCGUGCGCAAGUGUAAGGAGAAGAGCUCAGGCAGCGAGUACGCCGCCAAGUUCAUCAAGAAGCGCCGCCUGUCGUCCAGCCGGCGGGGCGUGAGCCGGGAGGAGAUCGAGCGCGAGGUCAACAUCCUUCGGGAGAUCCAGCACAGCAACAUCAUCACGCUGCACGACAUCUUCGAGAACAAGACGGAUGUCAUCCUCAUCCUGGAGCUAGUGUCCGGCGGCGAGCUCUUCGACUUCCUCGCCGAGAAGGAGUCCCUGAGCGAGGAGGAGGCCACGCAGUUCCUCAAGCAGAUCCUGGACGGCGUACAUUACCUGCACUCCAAGCGCAUCGCACACUUCGACCUCAAGCCCGAGAACAUCAUGCUGCUGGACAAGAACGUUCCCAAUCCCAGAAUUAAACUCAUCGACUUCGGCAUCGCCCAUCAGAUUAAAGCCGGCAACGAGUUCAAGAACAUCUUUGGAACGCCGGAGUUCGUAGCUCCAGAAAUAGUCAACUACGAACCACUGGGCCUGGAGGCAGACAUGUGGAGCAUCGGCGUGAUCACGUACAUCCUGUUGAGCGGCGCUUCUCCAUUUCUGGGCGAGACCAAGCAGGAGACGCUGACCAACAUCUCGGCGGUCAACUACGACUUUGAUGAGGAAUACUUCAGCAACACCAGCGAGUUGGCCAAAGACUUCAUACGACGCCUGUUGGUCAAAGAUCCAAAGAAGAGAAUGACCAUUGACGACAGUCUUCAACAUCCGUGGAUUAAGGUGAUCAAGCGUCGCAACGUGCGCCAGGAGGAGCGCGACCACAAGCCGGAGCGCCGGCGUCUGAAGACGACGCGUCUGAAGGAGUACACCAUCAAAUCUCACUCCAGCAUGCCGCCCAACAACACCUACGUCAACUUCGAGCGCUUCUCGCAAGUCCUGGAGGAGAUCGCGGUAGCCGAGCAGGGCCUGCGCCAGCUGGAGCGCAACCGGCGCUCGUGCCGCGACGACGUGGCCGCGCUGCUGUCCAUCUAUGAGGAGAAGGAGGGCUGGUACAAGGAGGAGAGCCGCUGCAUCUCGGGACAGCUGGGCGCCGUCCGCCAGGAGCUGCAGCGCACGCAGGCGCAGCGCAAGAAGAGCCAGGAGGAUGCCCGCGGCGCCGCGCAGGCCGCCGGCGCCCUCAAGCGCAAGUUUGGACGUCUGGAGAACCGUUAUGAGGCGCUGGCCGAGCAGGUGGCGCACGAGAUGCGCUGGGUGGAGGAGCUGGUGCGCUCCAUCGCCGCUGACAAGGAUCGGCAAGCGAGCGCACCUUGACUCUGCACUUAAAUGGGCUCCUUAAGUUUAAUUUAUUAUUUUUACACUUCUUACGUACUGUCCUUUUACUGUAACUCAUUCAAGAUUUUUUUUUAUUUCAUAUUUAUCGACAGUGUCAGCUAUGUGGUGCCUCUCUGCUUACAUGACCUCACCACCAAAAACGUUUUUUUAAUUAUUAUUAUUUGUCAUUAUGCACACCUCAACCAUUCCAUCCUUUUUUUUUAUUUACAUUCCCCACAUUGUGUAGAACACAUUCUGCUUAGUAUUUUUUCUUCAAGUACUUGUUGGCACUUCUGAAUGAUUAUAGCAUUGUUUCAAAAUAUAUAUUUUAAUGUAUAUGUGUAAAGAGGCUGUCGACAUGUAAUGGCUUUUUCCAAAUAAUAAAAUGUUUUAUCUGGAAACUAA